GUGACGUGACAUCGGACGGUCCUUCAGAUUUUUUUUAAUAAAUAAAUGAUAAUUUUAAUUAAAACUCUUGGUAAUUACCAAGUUAGUAUUGAUUAGAUAAAUCAAAUAAAAUGGCUAGUUGUGGUGAUUUUAUAAAAAAACAGUUUCCGUUGAUAGACGAAGAGUUAAAAAAAUAUGUUGAAGACAUUCUAGACGGCAGCGCCGGCGAGUUCGAAGACACGGAGGAAGUAUACGAGGCUGUUGGCGAAGUCCUACAAGGGAUCUCGGAAAAAUCAGAAGAUGACAUCAGGGACAUAUGCGAGCAAUUACUGCAUAUGCUACAGCCAGAUAAAACCACUAACAAUGGACCAAGAAAAGUUCUAGAUGCACCAAUACACUUGGCUUCAAUGACUGCACCUGUCAAUGAAACUGAUGAUCUCAAAAGUAUAUGGCUGCAAACCAGGGAUGAUAGUCUGAAAGUAGAUGCAAAGAAAUUAGAGAAGGCCGAAGCAAAAUUGCAACAGAAACAGCAGAAGCAAAAGGAAGCGAAAUCAACUCCUGCAGCUGUCCCAGUCCUGCAGACAGCCACCGCCUCCCAGGUCACCUCUAAAAAGGAUAGUAAGCUUGAGGCAAAGGGUACAAACCGCACACAGGACAUUAGGAUAGAGAACUUUGAUAUUGCUUACGGUGAUAGAGUUUUAUUACAAGGCGCAGACCUGGUUCUAGCAUUUGGGAGGCGAUAUGGCCUCGUAGGACGUAACGGGUUGGGCAAGACCACGCUUCUUAGGAUGAUAUCGUCAAAACAGCUGAAGAUCCCAUCACAUAUUUCCAUACUGCAUGUGGAACAGGAGGUGGUGGGUGACGAUACAAUAGCAUUGCAGAGUGUUCUAGAAUGUGAUACUGUUAGAGAGGGCCUAUUGAAGAGGGAGAAAGAGAUUACAGCAGCUAUAAAUAGUGGGUCAACAGACCCGAACUUGUCGUCUGAACUGACAGAGAUAUAUGCGCAACUGGAGAACAUAGAAGCGGACAAGGCGCCGGCGAGAGCGUCUAUCAUCCUCAGUGGUCUAGGUUUCACGCCUGACAUGCAGGCGCGGGCUACCAAGACAUUCUCUGGUGGCUGGCGUAUGAGGCUCGCGCUGGCGCGGGCUCUAUUCUCAAAACCCGACCUACUGCUGCUGGAUGAGCCGACGAACAUGUUGGAUAUAAAGGCCAUCAUUUGGCUGGAGAACUACCUACAGAAUUGGCCUACCACGCUACUGGUUGUAUCUCACGACAGGAACUUCCUAGACACGGUCCCUACUGACAUAAUGCAUUUACACACACAAAGGAUAGACACGUAUAGGGGUAAUUACGAACAGUUCCACAAGACAAAGACGGAGAAGCACAAGAACCAGCAGAGGGAGUGGGAGGCACAACAGCAGCACCGUGCGCACACGCAGGAGUUCAUCGACCGCUUCCGGUACAACGCCAACCGCGCCUCCUCCGUGCAAAGCAAGAUCAAGAUGCUUGAUAAACUUCCGGAGUUGAAGCCAGUGGAGAAAGAGCUGGAGGUGGUGCUUCGUUUCCCGGAGACGGAGCCGCUGUCGCCGCCCAUCCUGCAGCUCAACGAGGUCGGCUUCUACUACAGCAAGGACAAGCUAAUCUUCGCUAACGUCAACCUCGGCGCCACCCUCGAAUCCAGGAUAUGUAUCGUCGGCGACAACGGCGCGGGUAAGACGACGCUUCUGAAGAUAAUAAUGGGUCUGCUGUCGCCCACUAGUGGGAUCCGCAGCGUGCACCGCGGGCUGAAGUUCGGCUACUUCUCACAGCACCACGUCGACCAGCUCGAGAUGAAUGUCAACUCCGUCGAGUUGUUACAGAAGAGUUAUCCAGGUAAAACAAUUGAAGAGUACAGGCGACAGUUGGGCAGUUUCGGCGUGAGCGGCGACUUGGCGUUGCAGACGAUCGGCAGUCUCUCUGGAGGGCAGAAGUCUCGAGUGGCGUUCGCGAGGAUGUGUAUGGGCAACCCUAACUUCUUGGUGCUCGAUGAGCCGACCAACCAUUUGGAUAUCGAGACCAUUGAGGCGUUAGGCAAGGCGAUUAAUAAAUACACUGGCGGAGUAAUUCUGGUAUCUCACGACGAGCGGUUAAUACGCAUGGUCUGCAAAGAACUAUGGGUCUGCGGCGGCGGCUCCGUGCACAGUAUAGAAGGAGGCUUCGAUGAAUACCGCAAGAUCGUCGAGAGAGAACUAGACGCGCAGAAUAAUAAGUAGGUAAACAAACAGACCUUCCAAACAAAACCUACGGAAUACCUUCAUAGUGACCAGUGAACGAGGUAAGUGCUAUAGUAAACUUUUAAAUUAAUUGUGAAUAUGAACGUUUUAUGUGUAGAUAAUAAAAGUGUGUGCUAGUGGCGCCCAAGUUAUGUACAUACAAAAUACACCAAGCGGGUAAAACAACCAAACUCUGUAAAAAAAAAAGAAUUAUCAAAAUCGGUUCAUAAACGAAGAAGUUAUCCGCGAACAAAUAUAAAAAAAAAUAUAUACGGUCGAAUUGAGAACCUCCUCCUUUUUUGAAGUCGGUAAAAGUGUUCGCGACGCAUCUUGUUACAAGGGACGGUGUGUAACGACACCAUACAACCGAUAUUGCACUUUAUUUGAACAGUCAUAAUAUUUUUAUUUGAGGGAACGAAUUUAUACUGUCUACAUAACACGGUUCGGACGUUUUUUUUUAGAAAAUAUCCUUAGCGAAUAUAUUUGUUUAUAGUAUGUUAGUGGGGUAAAAGUAGUAACUUAUGACAGUUCUCGUUGAGGCCUAUUUUAUCGCAGUUUUGUGUUUAUAAUCCAUGACAUUGACCCCGAUUCCUGCAGGCAUUUUCUUAUCCACCGAAAAGGAAAGGGAUGGUUGAAAGCUGUUAAUUUUAAAAUAAAUGAGUGUAUGUCAUCAGUCAAAUCCGCACUUCUCCGCCCAUCUCCGCGUCAGUGGAAACCCGGCCUUACGGGCUCUUUUGCCUUGUAUGUCUGGCGAGUAAAUUGUAUUUGUCGUGUUUAUUGUAUAGGUCGUGUUGCCUGAUUAAAAGAAAUGAAUAAAAUGCAUAAAUUAUGAUUAUGCUUUUAAGUAUCACUGGGUGGUUUGCUUAAGCUUUAAAUUAAGUGAGAGUAAAGACGUUUUGAUACUGUUAUGUUGUUGACAAUUUUGUCAGUGUUAUAAUAUUAAUAUGUGUAAACAAUUAAAGAAACUAGUAGUAUGGCCUCAAAUAUUAAAAUUAUAGUGAAUACAGACGUAUUUCUUCAUAUUUCUGCCUUCUUAGACAUUAAUUAAUUGACUAGAUAGGUAGAUAUUCGUUUUGUGGAUACGCUAGUAGGUCACUUGACAUACUCGCGUGUGAUAGCGCAAGUCGAAUUCAAAUUCAAAAAUAUGGAAUGGUCGCCCUGUGAUAAUUGGGUAGUUUCCUAGGUCAAAGAUAAAUUAUGAAAAUUCUGAGUACUAAAUAAAGACAAAUCUAAAGGUUUUUGUCUAUUUAAAUUGAUGAAUUAUAAUAAAGAAAAAUGUAAUAAUAAGUGUGACGUUUUGUCACGUUUUUCUGACGUCAUGUUGCUUUUUCAUACAAAUUCCAUAGUAAUUUCAAGUUUUGACGUUUAGUAAAAGUAACUAAUUUGACUACUUGGAAACUUGGAAACUAUCCAAUUAAAACGUUAAACAGUACAGAACGUUGAUCGAAAAUUUUGUCCAAAUUGUUGGUUUGCGAAAGUUAGGGUUUUCGAAAGAUCUAUAAUUUUAAAAAUUUAACCAAUCGAUAUUGAAGUCACAUUUAAGGCCUUGUAUUGUAGUUUUCGGCUUGGCGCCAUUGGCAUACAUAAUAUUUUAUUGUCUGUGGGUUAUAAUGCCUAUCAAGCAAUAACGUUGAUGUUUUGGUACUUUUGAUGAAAAAUGUGUAAGAAUAUUUUUGUAUCAAUAACUUACUGUACUGUAGCUUGAAUUCUGAUAGGUAAGUCGCUACCUAUUAUGUUAUAUAAAAGUUAAUUUUAUAGAAUUAUAUAAUAUCGAGCAUGCUGUGUUUCUCAAUGAUGUAUUAGCUUAGCUAGUAAAAUUUCAAGUAGUAAUAUUAUCUUUCAAAUCGAUUUCUCGUAUGUUUUGUUUGGGAGUUCUUUAUAGCAAUUUCUACUUAUAGUACGAACUAUGUAAAAAGUAACCGUAAAUUAUAUCAUUGUAAUAUA